AAGAAAUAGUUAAUCUCUCGGGCUGCCGCUAUGAUUGGCCGCUGUAUGCUGCGCUUCUGCCUCCUUGAAUGAGAAACAGGGGUAACCAGGCAACUUCAGAGCUGGAGAGAAGAAGAAGCAGAAGAAGACAGUGGGGGGAAAGAGGACAAGAUAGAGGGGUUCAGAGUGAUGGAAGAAAUUCUGAGCCCGCAAAAAAAGGAAAGUCAUUGUGAUUUCACCUUGUGUGUCCUAUAAAACGGAACUAAGACAUGGAUUUUCUUAGACGCGCUAUCUCCCUCUCUUUCUCCCUCUCUCCCUCCUUCACCGCGGGGGGAGAAGAUAGAGCGCACAUAUGAAGGGGAGAACAGAUGUGGAUUAAAACGCAUAAAUGGUACCCUCCAGAAUGAGCGCCCGAUGAGAAAAGUGCUGAGAGCUACAGAUGCACCAAUCUGGAACUGAAGUGCCCCACCGAAGAAUAAUAUCCCCUUCUGACCUACUCUGAAGAACAAUAUUUGAUUCAAUCAAUGUUGCAAGUCUCCCCCAGGGGGAUUGCUCCUGAGCAAUAGGUGAACCUUCAUAAAAGGCAACACUACAGACCAUGUGAUACUUGACCUUCACUGAGGAAGCUCAGGUACACUCCAGAGGAUGUCAAAUCAGAUCUGAACCGGCCCUCCAGGGGAUCGCUUAGCUCUUAAUUCAAUCAGCGCUUCAUGUUUUGCCUUGUAUUACUCAAACACCAUGGACCAGUAGUGACAGAACGUAUAUAUUGAUGCUGGAUCUUCAUUUAUUGAGGAGUAGCAGACAUGUCACCAUGGAUUUGACUGAGGUUUUCAGUAUCAAGGAGCUGCUGUGAGAAACACAGGAGCUGAAAGGGAGAAUCGAACACUGGGAGCUCGGAGGAAUAGCUAGUGGGCUGCUAACUCAUGGUGGAUCUGCUGUGAGCAGGACAAGGGACUCAGCGGUGGAGGAUGUCAGCAGAGGCCGAGGUCCAGUCGGGUGUCAAAACCAGCCAGCGAAAGGAGUCCAGGAGGAUCAAAGGUCAGGACCGAACAGAGGCGGGGCUUAUUAAGCGUUUCCACGGAGAUGGAGUGCGCUACAAGGCCAAGCUGAUUGGAAUUGAUGAGGUGACAGCCGCGCGAGGGGACAAGCUGUGCCAAGACUCCAUGAUGAAGCUGAAGGGAAUGGCUUCGUCAGCACGUUCCAAGGGGGAACACAAGCAGAGAGUCUUCUUGACGGUCUCGUUCGGCGGGAUCAAGAUUUACUGUGAAAGAUCAGGGGUGCUUCUGCAUCAUCACUCAGUCCAUGAGAUCAGCUACAUCGCAAAGGACACCAGAGACCACCGGGCCUUUGGGUAUGUCUGCGGGAAGGAGGGCCACCAUAGGUUUGUGGCCAUAAAGACUGCACAGUCUGCUGAGCCUCUCAUCCUUGACCUGCGUGACCUCUUCACGCUGAUUUAUGACAUUAAACAGCGGGAGGAGAUGGAGAAGAAGGCCCAGAAGGACAAACACUGUGAGCAAGCAGUCUACCAGACCAUCUUAGAGGACGAAGUGGAUGAUCCAGUUUACCAGUAUAUAGUGUUUGAGGCUGGACACGAACCCCUCCGUGGCCCCCAGUCAGAGGAGAGCGUUUAUCAGGUCCCAACCAGUCAGCAGAAGGAAGGGAUCUAUGAUGUUCCUAAACGCCAUUUCAUGACUAACAUCAACCACUUUGAUCUUUUCGGCGACAUGUCCACCCCUCCCUCGAUGCCCCCGUCACCUGCCAACACGCUGGACCCGAACAGGAGCAGCCGCCAGCAGCAGCACACCCCCGCAGAGCUGUACGCCCCCUUCAGCCCGACCUCUGUGCCAUCAGGUUAUAUGACCAUGGGGCCGGUUCAGGCGGCUCAGUGGGCUCAGCAGUCGUUUCCCACCCAGGCUCAGACUUUGGCAUUCCCCAUGCAGGGUCCCCUCCAGGUGGCUCAGGUCCUCCCCGGUGGCCAGCCAAUCAUCCUGAGCCAGGCCAAUAUUUUCCCUGCCACUCAGCAGCAGUGGGCGGCCAUGGCAGCAUAUAUGCCGACCCAGACGGUGGGAGUUGGGGGCCACGCUAUACCAGCUGCCAUGCUCCAAGGUUUGGUACCCAUUACCACAGUGUGCCCCCAAGCCUGCGACCUGUCGGCCCCCUCGUCGGCCAUCACAAGCCCCCAGCACAUGGCGGACCCUGCCCUACUCAUGAGGCAGCUGAGCCUGGGGAAAGAUGGACUCAGCGUUGAUUCGGACGCAGGCGAAGGCCCAUCCACAUCAGGAGGGGUGGGACCUGGAGCUGUGGCCGCAGGAGGGAGUAGGUGUGGAACCCCUGCUCCCAUGAGUGUGCCUGACACGCUAGCCUGCAGUCAACUGCUGCCACCUCAGGCUACAGCCAACCAGGAGGAAGAAGGUAGCUGUAGUGACCUUGAUCUGUCCAGGAUGACUUUAAGCCCAGGAACAUCCACCUCACCAUCAACUGAAUCACCCUCCACACCUGCCCCUCAGCAGAGCUCGUCUUCAGACUGCCCCCCCUCCCAGGGCAGCGACCCCCCAACAGAUCACUCACCAGUUGACCCAGAGGGAUCCCCAAGCAACGCCAGGGAGGAACAAUCAGGUUCUGCUGCUGCAAGGUCGGAGUCUCCGGUGCCAAGCGACGCUGCAGAGCCUGCGGAUAAGACCGGUCCACAGGAAGACAAGAUCACAGUGGUGGAUCUGACUUCCUCACCUGGUUUGGAUGAUGAGGAUACCUUGAAUGAGUUUGCUAAAACCACAGCGAGCGAUGAGAGCUCCAGUGUCCGUGAAACCCGUUCAGUGGGUAUUCAGGCGGUAGUUCAACCAGUGGACUGUGUUCUAUCAGACUGGAGCCGUUGGUCCCGCUGUGACACCUGCACAAAGAAGAAAUACCGCUAUGCUAAACUGGAGCAGCCAUCUCAGUUCGGAGGAGAGCUAUGCUAUCUUCAUGGCAGGCAAGAGGAGUCCUGUGAGGUUUCAGCCCGCUACACCUGUGAUAAUAUUCCUCAUUGUGAGGGAUUCCUCUGCACACAAACAGGUCGAUGUAUCCACAGAACCCUGCAGUGUAAUGGAGAGGACGACUGUGGGGACAUGUCUGACGAGGCUGGCUGUCAGAGGGUUUCCAAGCCCUGCAGGGAGGAGGCUGAAGAGUACUGGGGAAUUGAAAAUCUGGCCAAAGGGAUAAAUGUCCUGAACAGCCACUUGGAAGGCAUUGUGUUGGAUAACAGAUACUAUGGAGGUGGCUGCCUGCCUCACUACAUUCAGGAUGUCCCAUUUAGGAAGCCAUUCAACUUGCAACAGUACACGUUACAGACAAGUGGGUCAUAUGAUUUUACCCUGCAGUCAUUUGAGUCGUACUCUGACUACAUGGCAUACACUCAUAGGGAACGGAUGACCCAAACUUCUAUCUCAAUUGGCUUCAGCAUUCCAGGUGUUUUCAGUUUUGGUUUCAACUACAAGGAUUCUAAGUUCUCCAAAUCAGUCAGCAAGAUUCGACGUGCCUCUGGAGUUAAAAACAGUUUCAUUAGAGCCAAAGCCGAGCUGGAGUUGGCCCAGUACAUCCUGAAGUCUGACGGGUUGGUACUUCACCCUGAGUUCCUACAGCGCCUUCGCUCCCUGCCACAGGCAUAUGUCUACGGAGAGUACAGACAGAUCUACAGAGAUUAUGGCACCCACUACAUCACUGAGGCUACCCUAGGAGGAGACUUUGAGCACACGAUCAUCCUGAACAAAGAGAAGCUAGAGAAGUCAGAUUAUAAUUUGGACCAGUAUAAGUCUUGUGUGCAGGCAGGCUUGCAUAUCGGAUUGACCAUUUACGAGGUUCCCUUUUCUCUUGGGGUGAAUGCUGGAUCCUGUAAAGGCUUACUGAAAGAGAUGGGAGAGGACACAAAGAAUGGGAUAAUGGUUGAAGAUUUUGUUGCCAUGGUGAGGGGUGGAAAUAGUGAAUCCAUCACUGCCCUGUUGUCUACGAAACUUCCAGGCCCACAGCUGAUGAGGCUCUGGGGUGAAAGCGUCCGCUUUAACCCAGACUUCAUUCGCAUGACAACCCGGCCACUGUAUGAACUGGUGACUUCCAGAGACUUCGUCCAUGGCGACAUCUUGAAGAGAAACUUGAAGAGAGCUCUGUCUGAGUACAUGACUGAGACCAGCUCCUGUCGCUGUUCUCCAUGUCGUAACAAUGGAGUGGCUGUUUUAAAAGGCACCAGAUGUGAGUGUGUGUGUCCUUCUGGCUAUAGUGGACGGAGCUGUGAGAUCACUUAUAACCCAAAAGAGCUGGGCAUCGAUGGCAGCUGGAGCUGUUGGGGAGCGUGGUCAUCUUGCAGUGGGGGGAGAAUGACCCGGAGUCGUCAGUGUAACAACCCGCCACCAAGCAGCAGUGGCCUCCCAUGCAUGGGUCUGCAGCAGGAGUCCACUGAAUGCUUUUAAAAUCACUAUUACUCACAGGUUCACAGAUGAAUAAAGUAUUUGCUAAAUAACAG